AUGGCAGAAAUUACAGAAAUAUCUAAAUAUACUUUAGAUGUAAUUUCGGAUACUGCUACAAACAUCGGUUUGUCUUUUACAGAAAGUCAGAUAAAAGCCAUUGUUUUUGCAAUUAAUAGUGGGCACUCCGCAAAAAAAUUAAUAUCUGUUUUAACACUUGGAAUGUCAGAUGAAACAAAUAAUACAUCAAUACCAUUUAAUGAAAAUAAAUGA